UGAACAGUGUGGGGAUGUUACCCGAGUCUGAGUCACAGGAGGGUGCCGAGGGUGGACUGGAGAUGGAAGUAGAGACUGGUGAGGUUGACGCUCUGGUUAGCGAUCUGUUCACAUGUGCAGAGGAGCGGCCGAGUCUGGUGAAGCCUCCAAUCAAGGUCGACGUCAGCAUCAACGGUCAGUCGGUGCAGAUGGAGCUGGACACCGGCGCCGCCGUCUCCGUCUGCACGUACCGCCGCUUCAAGGAGCUCUGGCCGGACGGAGACAGGCUGCUGCAGCCGAGCAGCCGUCUGCUUCGCACGUUCUCCGGUGAGAAGCUCUCAGUCCGAGGUGAGGCGUGGGUGAACGUGCUGUAUCAGGGUGUCAGUCAUCGAUUGCCAUUGACUGUGGUGGAGAGUAACGGUCCGAUGUUACUAGGCCGUAACUGGUUGGGAGAGAUCAAGUUGGACUGGCACAAUAUUUUUGCGAUGACUCUGAGUCCAGCCAUGGGAACACUGCUCGAAAAAUACUCCGAGCUAUUCAAGGACGAUCUGGGCUGUGCGAGGGAUGUAGAGCUCAACAUUCCAGUGGAUCCAGCCGUGAAGCCCAUCUUCUACAAGCCUCGGACGGUGCCACUCGCCUACCGGGAGAAGGUGGACGCCGAGUUGGAGCGGCAGAUCAAGGAAGGUUUGUUGGUGCCGGUCAAGUGGAACGACUGGGCGACGCCCAUCGUGACCUGCCAGAAGGCCUCAGGUGAGAUCAGAAUCGCAGCAGACUAUCGUCUCACAGUAAACAAGGUCACGCCGUUAGAAAAGUAUCCUCUGCCAAAAGUAGACGAGAUGUUCAGUAAACUGCAAGGUGCGACAGUGUACAGUCAGAUAGAUUUGAAAAAUGCGUACAACCAUCUGCCAUUAGAGGAGAAGAGUCGCAAAUAUUUGGCCAUAAACACACACAAGGGCUUGUUGGUGCCAACCAGACUGGGAUACGGGUACGCGAGUGCUCCGGCCAUCUUUCAACGUUAUAUGGAAACUCUCUUGGCUGGAAUACCAGGGGUGGGAGUGUUCCUGGAUGAUGUCAUGAUCGCUGGAAAAACCCCACAGGACCACCAGAACUCGCUGGAGAUGGUGCUACAGCGGCUGGUGGCGGCCAACCUGCGCCUGCAAAAGAAGAAGUGCAAGUUUGGAGUGUCAUCUAUCACCUACCUGGGACACCGCAUCAGCGCGGACGGCGUGAGUCCGACCGACGACAAGCUGCUGGAGACUUGCCAGAGCCCGGCGAGACUCUGCACCUGGUGGAGAUGAUGGACGCUUCGCCAGUGACCGCCGCUGUGGUUAGACUGGCGACUGAACGUGACGCCACCCUCAGCAGAGUGCUGCAGUACACCCGAGACGGCUGGCCUGAGGACAGGAGCGGCGAGUCACCGGAGUUAAGUGCAUAUCGCACGAAGCAAGGUGAGCUCAGCAUCCAGAACGGAUGUCUCUUGUGGGGAGCUCGAGUCGUCAUUCCAGUCAAGUUGCGGGAGAGGGUGCUACAGAUGUUGCAUGACGGUCAUAUGGGAGAGAGCCAUACCAAGGGGUUUGCCAGAAUGUACGUGUGGUGGCCAAACCUAGAUUUUGACAUAACCCAGAUGGUUAAGGCGUGUGUGACCUGUCAACAAUACCGCCACCAAGCGCCCGUCACGCCACUGAGUCCGUGGUCCCUCCCGUCCCGGCCAUAUGAGCGGGUGCACAUUGACUACUGUGGCCCAGUGGAGGGGAAAAUGCUGCUCAUUGUAGUGGAUGCAUAUACCAAGUGGAUUGACGUACAUGUAACAACUAGGGCAACAACCGAGGUUACUAUGGAGGAGCUGCGGAAAACGUUUGCAUACUGGGGAAUUCCCAAGUUCUUGGUAUCAGACAAUGCUCAGUGUUUCGUGGCACCAGCGUUCCAGUCAUUCUGUACUCAGAAUGGUAUCACACACCUGCGCACUGCGCCGUUGUCUCCAAAAAGCAACGGUCUGGCUGAGCGGGCAGUGCAGACGGUGAAGCAGGGUCUGAGGAAACAGGGGAAUGGAACGCUGCACACCAAGCUGGCAAGGGUGCUGUUCACCUACCGUUCAUCUCCCCACAGCACUACCGGAGUGACGCCAGCAGAGCUAAUGACCGGGCGGCGCAUGAGAACUCGUCUCGACUGUAUGCUUCCCAGUCUGCAGGAUCGUGUUGUCAGCUCGCAGUGGAAAAUGAAGGAGCGGUAUGACAGACAGGCACAGCGGCGCACCAUACUACCAGGAAUGUCUGUCCUCGUUUCACAGGUGUCGGGACUGGCCGGCGUCGGCAGGACAACACGCUGGCUACCCGGACACUGCAUCAACAUCUCGGGACUCAAGCUCACGGUCCGGCUGGACGACGGACGAGUCCUCCAGCGCCAUCUGGACCAGGUGGUCCCGAGAGCGGUCGCCGGGAACCAGGCCGUCCGACAGCCGACGGACUGGACGGCGGCGCCGCGGCCUCCUCAAACGCCGCCGACGUCGCUGCCGACAACUCCAACGUCGCAGGCGACGCCUUCACCGCCGACGCCCUCACCGCCGACGCCUUCACCGCCGACUCCCACGCCGCUUCCGCCACCGCCAGCGGAAUGUCCGGAACGGGAGAGGCCUUCGUCUCCCUCCCCAGUUAGGCGGCCGGCUCGUGGGUUGGAGGGACGGGGUGAGCUCAACUCGCGAUUGAAGUGUGACGUCCAAUUGUCGCGAGGCGAGAGUGUUGAGUGUCGUGAGCCUGUGUCAGCGCCGCAGGUACCGCGCUAUAACCUGAGACCGAGAAAAUAGUUGUUAACUAGGGGGGAGGAAUGUGGUAGAUUGUCACACAGCCUCUUGGCUGGCGUGCCUGGGUGCGCCACUGGCCGCCCUAUCCGUCGUCCCUGAGAGCGGGCUUGCGCUCGCUUGACCUAUAGCCGGGGGCGCUCAGCUGUGCGGUGUGGGUUGAGUCUGGUCAGCUGAUCGAGUGGGAAUACAGUUCUGACCGGUGAU